CCCACUCGGUCGCUGACCAACACUGCCAUCAGCUGUUUUGUGUGUCUUGCGUGGUGUUAUUUUUUUUCGUGGCCCUCCUGCACUUUGAACCUGCGACAGCCUCGUUUCGUGCGAAUAAAGAUACGAAUUUAAGUGCGCCUGUCCGCAUUCCGGUUCGUCCUCAACCGUAGUCCGUCGCAUUUUUCGGUUUAGACUCCCGCGGAACUCGCUGCCGUGUGCACGUUUGUAGCAUUUUAAGCUCUGCGCCAGCUUUCUCGUUUGGCUCUCUCCGGAAAGAGCGCCUCCGUUCCGUUCCGCCGCCCCGCUUUCUUCUCGCGCGCCGUGCUCUCUCCGCUGUCUACAACUCCAUUGAUAAGCAGAGACAUCCCCGCCCCCAGCCCCAUGCUUCUGUUUUUAACAAAGUUCGGUUCAAAAAAUAAAUAAAUAAAAUACAAAACAAAAAACCUGUGAAAAAAGCUAAAUCAAUCAAUUAAAAUAAGUACGUGCGUGUGGCAAAGUUAAUUUGGUUUGCUCGCCGUCCGUUGCCGUCUGUGUUUUUAUUAAUUAGCAGUGCAUAGUUUCCGGCGGAAGGCUGCUGCUUUCCGUUAUUUGCGAGCUUCCGUUUACGCGGCCAAUUAGCAGCAGCAGGAGCAAAGGAUUGCCAAAAUGACGCACUGGGAGGACUUCUACAACACUCACCUGCCGCCCGCAGACUUUGAGGACAAUCGCUCCUUGCUAAAGGAGUUCUGCGAGCGCCACAACAAGCUCCAGAACCGCAUCGUCCUCGUCACGUCCGGCGGCACAACAGUUCCCCUCGAGCACAACACAGUGCGAUUCGUGGAUAACUUUAGCGCUGGAACACGUGGCUCAGCUUCGGCGGAAUACUUCCUGGAUCACGACUAUGCCGUGAUCUUCAUGCAUCGCCACAAGUCACUGGAGCCCUUUACGAGGCACUUCACCGGCCAGCAGUUCUUCGACAUGCUGGACAUUGCAGACAAUAGCCAGAGCUCAACGAUAGCCAUCAAGCCGGACUCGGUGGAUGUGUUCGCUCCAGUCCUGGCCAAGUAUAAGAUUGCCCGCGAGACGCAGAUGAUCUUGUAUGUGAACUUUACCAGCGUCGUGGACUACAUGUGGCUGCUCCGUGCCGCCUGCGAGUGCCUGGCCGCCUUCGAGCAGCGGGCAGUCCUUUACCUGGCUGCGGCCGUUUCCGACUUUUACAUACCCGAGGACAUGAUGCCCACCCACAAAAUGCAAUCGGGUGAUGGAGCGCCAACGAUUUCGCUGCAGCUGGUGCCAAAAAUGCUAGCACCCCUUGCCAGCCUAUGGGUGCCGCAUGCCUUUGUGGUAUCCUUUAAGCUGGAAACGGACGAGAGCCUAUUGAUUGUGAAGGCACGUGACAGCCUUAACAAAUACAAGCACAAGCUGGUCAUUGCCAAUGUGCUGCAGACACGCAAGCAUCGCGUGGUAUUCGUCACGCCCACGGACUCCUAUGAGCUGCACUUAAGCCGCGAACAGACGCUGCAGGGGCUCGAGAUCGAGGAGCCCAUUGUGGCCGAUGUGGUGCAAAAGCACGCCGAGUUCAUUAGCAAUGCCCAGCAGCGUCAAUGACCGUUGUCCAUGCGUCGUCGUCAGCCACAGCCGCAGCAGCAUCCUCAUCAACAUCAACAUCAACACACACACCAUCUGCAGCAGCAACUUCAUCAACAGCUGGUUACUGGCGACGACGACGAGGAGGAUGACGAGGAUGCAGGCGAUCUGGAUUUGGAUCGGGAUCCUUAUGGCGUGACCAGUUCGCAUUAUUGUCGCGUGCUCAAUCCGGGCACGCCAAGCUUUGCCCGCAAAUAUUGAGCACGGGAAUAUAGAGUCUAUGUUAUAUAGUGAAUAUUGAGGUGGUUUGCAUAUUCCUCAUCGUUUUGGGUUGCCGCCACAAUUGGUGGAUCUAUUUAUGGUCACGCCUCAUAAUUGAUGCGGCAGGGUCGCCACACUCUAUUGUUUUCAUACAUAUACAUAUAUUUAUAUAUAUAUAUUAGUUAAUGUAUUUUCUGUUUAUUGUUGCCACAAGAAAUGAUGUCACUUGUAUGUAUA